GACAAGGUGGACCCAGCCAGCGUUGAGACGCCAUACUUGUGCACCGUCGCCACCUCUGCCAGCCACACAUAACCCAAAAAUAUGGCCACUAAAGUGGAUAUGAGCCUGGAGGACAUCAUAAAGACGCAGAAGAUAAAGCCGGGGACCCGGAGAGGUGGCGGAGUGGGUCGUGGGAUGCGAGGGAGAGGCCGUGGAGGGAUAAGACGUGGUGGCGUCUCCUUAGGACAGACCCGUGGACGCCCUGGUCAGAGAUCCUUGGGUGGUAACAGACAACCAUUUUCACAAAGGGGCAAUGUAGAUGGAAGAUGGAGCCAUGAUAUGUAUCAAGGAGGAAUUCGCACUCAGCAGUUGAGUGGACCAGCAAAACUACUUAUCUCUAACCUGGAUUUUGGUGUCUCAGACUCGGAUAUUCAUGAGUUGUUUGCUGAAUUUGGAGUAACGAGGAAUGCAGCAGUUCACUAUGAUCGCUCAGGAAGAUCGUUAGGUACUGCCCAUGUUGUAUUUGAUCGGCAAGCAGAUGCUAUUAAAGCUCUCAAACAAUACAAUGGUGUACAUCUUGAUGGUCGACCAAUGAACAUUACAAUGGAUGGUGCAUCUGUUGGUGGGGGGAUGAGAAAUUCAGCGCCUGUCAAGAGAUUGUCACAAGGACCAAGACCUAUUUCAAGUGGUUUUGGUGGUCGUGGUGGUGGCCGAGGUCUGCGUGGCAGCACCAGAGGGACCAGAGGGACCCGAGGUGCCCGUGGUGGUGGCCGUGGCAGAGGGUUUGGAGGGCGGGGGGCCAGGACGAAGGUGCCUACUGCUGAGGAAUUGGAUGCUGAGCUUGACGCCUAUGUCAAGCAGGUCAACAAGUGAGAUAAAUGGCGAUGGGAUGUGUGGUGACUAAGGAGCGAACUGACGUGGACGUGCAAGAUCAGACUGGACUAGUGCUGUCUGCAUGCAUCAUUUACAGUGUUACAGUGUCUGGUUCUAUAACUUUAAACAAUACAAGAUUUCUAAACUAUUUUCUUGGACGUUGGCAUUAUUUAGUUUUUCUAUUUGACCUUUUUUGUAACGAGUAUUUUUGAACUUGCAGCACAUUAUUUUUAAGUUGGAAUGGAAGUAGUGUGAUUGAAUGCAUUUGAAUACUAGAAGGCUUGGCCGAAAAUUAAGUUUAUAAAGUACAACUGUCCAAUGCCAAAAGCACCUAAAAACAAUUUUUUGUGAAUAAAACUAUGAUUUA